AAAGACAGCACAUUUGAAUUGUCUUUAAAAUUCGGUGUAAUUAUUUCUAGGCAAACUGUUUGUCUACUGACUUCAUACAGUCAACAACGAACGCACUGAUCAUCGGCGGUAACGACAACGACCACGACGAUCGAUAGUGUGCCCGAGCAUAUUCUAAGCGGAGUUUAAGCAGAGUUUUUGUUUAGUGACGUGAACGUCGCGUUCGAUCGUAUUAUCCUUGCGCGUACAGCGAGGCUUUAGAAUAACAACAAAAACACGUGCGGUGUGUUUAACGAAAUAGAAGAAGAAAACAAGAAAUGUAACAUUAAACUGAUUGUUUAAAAGAGAGUCAUUUGAAAAUUAAUAAAAAAAAAAAAUUAUAAUAAUUAAAAAAUAAAUAAAAGUAAGAACUUUGUGUGGACUGCAUUGCAGAUUGAAUUGUAUACCUUUAGUGGAAUUCCUAAAUGAGAAUUUUACAAAACAAAAGGACAUCGAGAAAAUAACACAACUAUUAUUUUUCAUUAAAAAACUUAAAGGAGCAUAAGAAAUUAAGAUGGCUCCAAAUUUGAUCGGCAGCACUUUUCUCAUCGCUGAAACGGCCAUUACUAAUAAUGAUGCCAACAACAAUAAACAGACUACAUUAGCCAAGACCAGUUGUAAGAGUAGUAAUGAUCGCGUCCCCAAUCAAGGUGAAUCGGCUGCGGCCAUGCAACAGCAGUCGGCCAAAACGUCGGCACAAAAUCAAAGUAAAACGGAUGCAAUCACGCAGAAACCUUAUAAAAUGGAAAUUGUGUGGUUCAAUGUGAUGCUGUUCGUGGUAUUGCAUUCGAUGGCACUCUAUGGUUUGUAUCUUAUUUGGGCUGAGAACGCGUACUUGGAGUUCUUUAUCGGCUACUUAUACGCCGUACUCGGUGGUUUGGGCAUUACAGCUGGUGUACAUCGUCUCUGGUCGCAUCGCGCCUACAAAGCUAAACUGCCUUUGCGUAUCUUUCUUAUGCUGUGUCAAUCGCUCGCCUUUCAAAACAGCAUAUACGAGUGGUGUCGCGAUCAUCGUGUUCAUCACAAAUUUACCGAUACUAAUGCGGAUCCCCAUAAUUCGGGUCGUGGUUUCUUCUUUGCCCAUAUGGGUUGGUUGAUGUGCAAGAAGCACCCCGAUGUGAGGGAGCGCGGCAAAACUAUUGAUAUGAGUGACAUUUUGGCCGAUCCCGUCGUUAAAUUCCAGAAGAAAUUAUACUUCCUCAUCAUGCCUAUUUGCUGUUUCGUCAUUCCUGGACUCUUCCCCUACUACGUAUUGGGCUCGUCGCUGCAAGUUUGCUUCUUCGUCUGCUCUAUGCUGCGUUAUGCGCUCUCACUGCACGGCACAUGGUUGGUGAACAGCGCGGCUCACUUCUACGGCAUGCGACCAUACGAAAAGAACAUCAGCUCGGUUGAUAGCAAAGUGGUGUCGGUGAUCGCUUUUGGCGAAGGUUGGCAUAACUAUCAUCAUGUCUUCCCAUGGGAUUACAAAGCGGGAGAAUUGGGCACAUACCAAUACAACUGGACGACCGCCUUCUUGGACUUCAUGGCGCGCAUUGGCCAAGCAUACGAUCUGAAAUCGGUGUCGAAUGAGAUGAUCUUGAAGCGCGUACAACGUACUGGCGAUGGCAGUCACCCUUCGAUGCAGGAUGUGAACAACAACAAUGUGAACAUAAGUGAACUGGUGUCGAAACUCGAUCAUGACAAUGAAGAGACGCUCGUUUGGGGUUGGGAUGAUAAGGAUAUCUGCGAUGAGGAUCGCAAGGGUGCUGUGCACAAGAAGGAAGAAUAAAGGCGCUUGCAGUCCACAGUACUCGUACACAAUUUCAUGCAAUUUUUUUCCCGGUUAACAUAUGAUGGAGAGACUUUUUGCAACAAACCACCAGUCAAAAGUAUGAACAUACACACGUACAAUCAUAAACAUAGAGAGCGCAUACUCAAUGUACUUGCAAAUUAUCCAAUUAUCGAGUGGGGGAGGGUAAAGCUAGGCGCUGAAGGAAAUACUAUGGGACAUUUCAGCAUCGUUGGAAACAAUUUUAAGGCAUGGAUUUGGAUAUAAGUUAUAUAUGAGAGUGCGUACUUAUAAAAAACAAA